UCAGCCAAACACAAAGCCGCCGGAUCGCCGAGGCUUUGUGAAAGGACAUGCCUAAACUAAACGUGGGCAAGAUGGACGAUCCAGAUUUUCCCAUCGUCGGUCUAUAAAAACGUUAUUAGGGUUUCGGAUUUCAGUUUCGAGCUCUUCUCUUUAAGUGAGCGGAAACCCUAGCAGUAACAGGUUGCGUUCAGCUGCGACAGAAUGGGUGCCUACAAGUAUGUUUCGGAGCUAUGGAGGAAGAAGCAGUCAGAUGUUAUGCGGUUCCUUCAGAGGGUGAGGUGCUGGGAGUAUCGCCAGCACCCAUCGAUCGUUCGGGUCAACCACCCUACCCGCCCCGACAAGGCUAGGCGCUUGGGAUACAAGGCCAAGCAGGGUUAUGUUGUCUACCGUGUCCGUGUCAGACGUGGAGGCAGGAAGAGGCCAGUUCCCAAGGGUAUUGUGUAUGGUAAGCCCACCAACCAGGGUGUUACCCAACUCAAGUUCCAGAGAAGCAAGAGGUCUGUGGCUGAGGAGCGUGCUGGAAGGAAGCUUGGUGGUCUCAGGGUCCUAAACUCCUACUGGAUCAAUGAGAGGAUUCAACCUACAAGUACUUUGAGGUCAUUCUUGUCGAUGUGGCUCACAAUGCCAUCCGCAACGACCCGAGGAUCAACUGGCUCUGCAACCCCGUCCACAAGCACAGGGAACUGCGUGGUCUCACCUCUGCCGGAAAGAAGUACAGAGGUCUCCGCGGAAAGGGACACUUGUACCACAAGAACAAACCUUCUCGCAGGGCCACAUGGAAGAGGAACAACACCCUGUCCCUCCGCCGAUACCGUUGAGCUUAGUUGGAUGUGUUUCUUAUCAUUGUUGUGUUUCUGUCUUGCCGAAUUUUGUCUGGCGAACAUAUUGCUUGUUUUCACGAACUGAAAAUUUUGGAUAUUGGAAGGAAUAUCUCUAGUAUGUUACAUUUGGACAUCCUCUUGAAUUAAUAUCCCAGUUGAGAUGAAGAUCCCUCUUUUUACUGUUUCAUUGUGUGUAUAAGCCUUGCUGAUUUGCUGUAUUUCGAGCUCGAGUCGUUUUGAAGGUGUUUCCAUCGUUGAAAGUCAUGAAUUACAAACUUCAAGAUGUAGCUUUAACUAUGCAAUAGCCCAAAUUUAAAAUAAAACAGGAGGUAUCGGAAUUAUUAGG